AUGGUGUUGCGCGUGGAGAGGCCGGUGCAAGAGGAGAGCCUCCGACGCCGACGAGCGGCUUCUGGACGCCGCGCCCAGUACCGCCGCGCGGACGGGCGGGCGGCGGAGCAUUUGCUGGCGGCGUUCGCCGCCAUCGGCGCCCGCCGCGGCCAGCGCCUCAGCGGCCUGGCCCAGGCGCUUCGCACGGCGCUGCAGGGCGCCCACCCCCCAGCAGGCGCCGCAGGAGAGCCUGGAGACGAGAGAGGUGGAGGUGGUGUGCAGCCUGAGCCAGGGGGCCUCCAGGACCCCGUGGACGACCUCGGCGCCGCGCUCGCGGACUGGAGGACCCUCGCGGCGGCGGCGAUGAUGAUGCGGGCGUUGAUGGCCGAGGUGGCACUGGCUGCCGUGUCGGCGGUGGUGCUGGCGGUCCACGGGCGCAAGGGCGCGGCCUCGGAGCGGACCGCCGAGGCCAGGAGGAGCCUCGCCGCCGCCCUCGCCGAGUUGGCGGCCAUCGAGGCGGAGACGGCACUGGACAAGGCUUUCGUCGGGCGAGUCUCGUCGCUCCAGCUGGCGGCCCUGGGCCCUGCCAGCGCCGCGAUCGACUGCAGCUCCUACGUGCUGACGUUCCUGAACACCGCCACGCUGUCGAUGCUGGGCUCUGGGCCCGCGAGCGACCACAACAAGAUACGGUCGCACGCCCUGGCGUUCACCGUGGUGCUGGGUGCCCUGCAGGGCCUGCUGCUGUUCGUCGCCGCUUCCCGGGUCGUGCGCCUCCUCGGUGCGGCUGGCGGCAUGCUGCCGCUGUCGGCCCUGUACCUGCAGAUACGGGCGGUGGGCGCCUCCGUUGACCGCUUGGGGUCCGUCUCCACCCAGUUUUUCCUCGCGAGGAAGGACGGCGUGACGCCAAUGCUGGCCACGCUGAUCGCGGCGGUCUUCAACGCGGGCGGCGAUUUCGUUCUUUGCCCUCGCUAUGGAGUUGGUGGCGCUGCCGUGGCCACCGUUGCGGCAACCUCGGUGAGCACAGUUUUCAUUGUCCGACGCCUCUGGACUCGUAGAGUCUGGCCGCGGCCUUUCGAAGCUCCGACGCUGAGGGACUUCGGGCCCUUCCUCACGUUUGCCGGCCCCAUCUUCUGCAUACUCCUGAUGAAGAUAGCCCUCUUCGCGUUGAUGACGGUCUACGCCAGCUCCUUAGGUACAGCUCCGGCUGCGGCGCACCAGAUCUUGGUCUCGGUGUUCUUUGUCACCGGCGUGGCGUUCGGCCAGCCCCUCAGCUGGGCCGCGCAGACGUUCAUGACGAGUCCCAAGGGCCACGCUGAACGCCGCAGGACCUGGCGCGCUUUUCUGAAGGUUGCUUCAGCCUUCACCUGCCUGAGUGGCGCGGCAGCUUUCUGCGUAACAUGCUACUGUUCGGGCUUUUUUACCCAGGAUGCACUUGUUCUGGAGGCGGCGCGGAACGGGUUGUUAAGUAUCACUACGUUUGCGAUGCUAUACACCCUGUACCUGGCGAUGGAGGGCGUGGCAAUUGCAAAGAAGCGGCUGAACGCCUCCGUGAUUAUCAAUGUUGCCUUGGUUGCAGCAGGUCCAUUGGUUAUGGGCACGCUCCACAGGUCUGGCCAGCUGACCGUGGCGAGCCUGUGGGCGUCGCAGGCGUCUGGGCUCGAGCCCGCCCCUGUCUCAGGUCGGGCACAGCAUCGCGAGAUUAAGCUGGUCGCGGAGCGCUAUUCGGCCGCCGCUGGGGCGCCUGUGGCGUACUCUGCGGCGCCAGUGCCGUUGGCCUCGGCCGCCGGCGCCAGGGCGCCCGGGCCCUACCUCGUCCAGGCCCCCAGCGCGCCGCGGGUGGUCUACGCGGCGGCGCCCGGGCAGGUGCCCGCAGGAAGCGCGCCCUACCCCGUUGCCACACCAUCUUCAUAUGUCACGCCGGCGCUGUCCGCCACGGGGCCCCCCGCGCGGCCGCCGGCCCUCACCGCGGGCAUGCCCGACCCGUCGGCGAUAGAGAUGCAGAAGCUGGCGUACAACAAGAGCCUGGAGGAGCAGGCCUUGCACGGUGAGGAAAUGUUGAAGAUGCAGCAGAAGCAGCAGACGGAGUACAUCUUCCAGGCCGCCGAGGCCCAGAAGCGUCAGAUCAUGCAGCGAUGGAGGAGGUGGGGGAAGGAGCUCCAGCUGAGCCAGAAGUACUGCCAGCAGGUGAUGAAUCUGCAGCAGGAGUACCAGCACCAGAAGCUGAUACUCGAGAAGCAGGCCAACGACCUCGUCCUGGAGUUCCAGCAGCGGAAGUCCCAGGAGGAGAUGAUGGAGCAGCAGUACCAAAUGCAGCGGUCGCACUACGAGGAGCAGGUGCGGGCGCUGGGCGAGAUGCAGAAGCAGGCGCCGGAGGCGCCGCUCCCCGCGCAGUACGCCGCGCCGCCGGGGCCCGUCAUGGUGAUGGUCCAGAACCCGUCGUACGUGCCGGCGCCCGUGCCGCAGGGCGCCUCGUACGUGCCCGUGCCGCAGGGCGCCUCGUACGUGCCGCUGCCGCAGGGCGCCGCGUACGCGCCGGUGCCGCAGGGCGCCUCGUACGUGCCGCCGAUGGUGGUCAGCCAGAUGCCCACCCAGGUCACAGCGGUGGCGCCCGCCUCUUACGUGCCCCCGCCGGUCGCAGGUGUUCCGAUGAUGGUCGCGGCGCAUCCGCAGACAACGGUCGCAGCGCAUCCGCAGACAGUGGUUGCGGCGCAGCCGCAGCAGACCGUGGUCUACGCCGCACCGCCCACGUACGUGGAGUUUGUCCCGGCGGUGCCCGCCGCGUCCUACGCGGGAGGUGCCCCCGCCGAGUAUGCGCCCGCCGAGCCGACCAUGUCGUACGCGACUGCUCCAGCGCAGUACGCGGAGGCCGCGCGAUGCACGCGGCUGUCCGUGGGCAAAGGGUCGCAGUCCAUGCUUUCGCAGCAGUAG